GGCACCAUCAGAUCCUGAAUGCUUUUGUGCACCAUGCCACAUUACCGCAUCAGCAAGCCCGAAAUGGCAACAGACGCCACCAUAGUAGCACUACGAUCUUGAAGCCGUCUUCCAAGAAGGCCACUUGACGACAGCGUGAUAGGCAGCAGUACAUGCCUGGACCGCCGCCCUGGUGGACCAAAGUCAUAGUUCUCCUUGCCCAUGCCGAAUCCGGUCACCAUUCAAUCUCCACAACUACACCCAAUUCGUCACAUGCCGGUGAUCACCGUGGCCGCCAAGGCUCCCAGCCACCUGCUAGCUGCUAUGCUGUUAUAAAUACCACUCACAUAAGCUCCUGGUCCCAUCAGAUCUGACCGAGUCCCCUGACCUCCUUCUUCUUGCUCUAGCACUCUUCACUCUGUUCCGACAAACACCAGCUACAUACGCCCCACGGGGUAAGCCGCAGCCAAACUGAUGGCGGCCGUCGAGGACAUCGUCAUCGCCGGCGCUGGGCUCGCCGGCCUCGCUACGGCCCUAGGGUUACACAGGAAAGGGGUGAGGAGCCUGGUGCUGGAGUCGUCGGCGACGCUGCGCGCGUCGGGAUACGCCUUCACCACAUGGACCAACGCCUUCCGCGCGCUGGAUGCCCUUGGCGUUGGGGAUAAGAUCAGGGAGCACCACCUGCGCUACGAGAGGCUGGUGGCCUUCUCUGCGUCCACAGGCGAGGCUGCUGCAACAGUGAGCCUGAAGAUGCAGGGCAAAAGCGGGCCUCACGAAAUCCGGUGCGUGAAACGUAACUUCCUGCUGGACACGCUGGAGAACGAGCUACCUGAGGGCACCAUCAGGUACUCCUCCAAGAUCGUGGCCAUCGAGGAAGAAGGCAACGUCAAGGUCCUGCACAUGGCCGACGGCUCCAUCAUCAGAGCUAAUGUUCUGGUAGGGUGUGACGGCGUGAACUCGGUGGUGGCCAAAUGGCUGGGCCUCCCGAAGCCGAUCGUGUCGGGUCGCUCCGCCACCAGGGGCCUCGCCGAGUACCCGGAGGGCCACGGCUUCGGUCCCGAGAUGCUGCAGUUCAUCGGGCAGGGGUUCCGGUCCGGCGUGCUGCCCUGCUCCGACACCUCCGUGUACUGGAACUACACCUGGUACCCGUCCCCGGCCGACGGGGACGCGGAGGAGAGUGUGGCCAAGAUGCGGCAGCACGUGCUGGCGAAGCUGGGCGCCACCAAGAAGAUCCCGGCGGAGGCGCUGGACGUGAUCGAGCGGAGCGAGAUGAGCGAGGUGGUGUCGUCGCCGCUGCGGUUCCGGUCGCCGCUGGCGCUGGUCCGGGGCAGCAUCAGCAGGGGCAACGUGUGCGUGGCCGGCGACGCGUUGCACCCGAUGACCCCGGAGCUCGGGCAGGGCGGGUGCGCGGCGCUGGAGGAUGGCGUCGUCCUCGCCCGGUGCCUCGGCGAGGCCUUCGUCGGCGCGGGCAACGAUGGCGGGUACGCGUGCGUCACUGCGGCGCUGGAGAAGUUCGCCGGGGAGCGGCGGUGGCGCGCGAUCAGGCUGAUCACGGCGGCGUACGUGGUGGGAUUCGUGCAGCAGAGCAGCAACGCGGCGAUCAAGUUCCUCAGGGAGAAGUUCUUGUCGGGAUUGCUGGCCAAACUGAUGGUCGACAUGGCCGACUUCGACUGCGGGAAGCUCUAGUUCAGUUCUGGACGUCUAAUCGAGGUAGAACGAAAACGAUGAGAGAAAAUGACGUAAAACGGCCACCACAUACCCACUCGGGGUGUGUGUUCAUUGCUCACGUCGAGCGCCUGCCUACGAUUGCAGAGUAAAGUAAAUAAAAAGUAAAUUGGCAUGGAUGUAAGCAAUGAGUCCAUCCAUCCAUCCACAUGGGACAAACUUUUGUAGAAUCUUUUUUUUUUUUUCUAGAGGAAACUUGAUGUCAACACUUGACUUUGUGAUGAGUCCUCUUGGUGUGAACUAAAGCUCGAUCUCGCUUGGAGUGGACUUUUUCGCGCCGACAACAGAAA